AAAACAUUUUCAUAACCUAUCUAAGUACGGAACGAUACAUAAAAUAUACUUACAUCACUGUGCGAUUAUUAUAAUAUUUGUUCGAAACAUUUGUUCGAAAUCUUUGGAUCAAAAAUAAAAUGACAGAUCAAAAUUCUGAACAAAAUGUUAGAGAUCACGCUUUGCGUCUUUGUUUAGAAGAAGAGCAACACCGUAAGACUAAUCCAAUCGAAACACAUGAACGUUCAUUUAUCAUUGUUGGUAGCAAGAGGGUCGUAUGGUAAAACUACGAUCGUACAUCGAUUUCUCGAAAAAGAUGAGGCACCGAAACCAACUAUCGCGAUGGAUUACUCUUUUGGACGUAAAGCUGGGAAGAGUUUAAUAAAAAAUAUCGUGCAUGUUUGGGAAGUAGGACAUUUAACUUCUUCAUUAGUGUCAGCCGCAAUGACAGGUUCGUCUUUGACUCAUUCUCCUCAUCAUGUCACGGUAUUGAUUGUGUUGGAUUUAUCGCAACCGGAGAUUUUAUGGACCACUUUCGAAGAAGCUUUCUCGGUAGUUCGAAAUGCAAUGAAAAUGAGUUAUGACGAUAAAAUAAUUCAGGAACUCAAACAACAACGUAUUAAAGAACGAAAAAAAGCAGUAGAAAGAGAAGUCGAUCCAUUUCCGAUGAAACUUUGCCUUAUUGGUGGAAAAUAUGAUCAAUUUAAGGAUUUAAGUUCGGAUAAAAUAGAAUUAGUUGGGAAAAUAUUAAGAGCUACAGCUCACAUUUUAGGCGCAGGACUCUAUUAUCAUUCUGCAAAAGAUAAAUCUUUAUUACGAAGAACUAAAGACUUGUUAUCUCACUAUGGAUUUGGUAUUCAAUUUUCCGAUACCAAGUGCACCGAUUUUGAGAAGCCAUUAGCGAUAUCUGCCGGUGCAGACUCCCUCUCAUCGAUCGAUUUGCAAUUUCCUCAAACCAGACCUUCGGCUAUCUUAGAUACCAUCAAACAGAUUUACGUUACUCGUAUACCGCAAGAGUCAAGAAGCAACGAAAUUAUUCUGGAGGAUCCAAGUAACGACCCCAACUUUAAUGAACCGAUCAUCGACAGAUUACGAGCUCAGAGAGAAGAGGAAAUUAACAUUCUACUUCACGAUAUGUUGGAAGGACGAAUACCUCAAAUUCCUAUUCCGGAUCCAUCAUAGGAUUAGAUAACAUCGUGUCGUCAUAUAGAUUUAUCACAAGUACAUGUAAAAAGGGGAAGAAAUCUUUCGAGCGAAAGAAAUCCCCUUAAUGCAUGUUUGUCACGUACUUGAUCUUAUUGAGAUUGAAAGAAACCUCUGACAAGCGAAAAAUUCCAGUUUACCUAGUUUGUAUUUAACAUGUUACUAUCCGAAAAUCUUAUUUUACUCAAAAGGCUUAUUUUACAUUUUUACGUUUACAUCUACGUAGAUACGUACACGUAGAAUCUAUAAAAUCAUGCUUGCGAUAUUGUGCUCUUUCUAGUUCACGCGUUAAGCCAUACUACAAGGGGCCUACAAUGGUAACGUCGAUAAGGCUAACGAUAAAGUGUAUUUAUCGCGUUUAAAAAGAGUUAUGGUAUAGAUUCUCGUACAAGUAAGCGUACGAUGAUUCUACUGAGUUUAAUAUUCUUGUACGUACAAAAUAUUUAAAAAUAUUAAUAUUAGUAAUCGAUGAAUCUAUUAAAUCGAUAUUUGUAACUAGCUAUGUAUAUGUAUAUAUAUCAAUUAAAGUACUUUUAUUCCUG